UUUAUGCUUAAAGACCACCCCAUCACACGUUCACAGCUUCACACCCGUUCUCUUUAUCUGUUUUCCUGCUUUAUUUUAUGCCUACUUAUAUGCGUCCGCGCAAUUGGAAUCAUGUCCUCUUAAAGCUUCCUGAGAACAGCCGUUGCUAGGUGGUACUUUGUUCUCCGCGACUCCACCCAAGCCAGAUAUAUCAUUACACGGCAAUCUACUGCAGUAAGGCAAACAUGGGUAGCGUGCAACAGUCAUCAGUAAAGGCCGAGAAGCAAAUGAUCGAAAAAAUCAACAAUGAAAGCGAGCAAGAGUUUGGAAACGUAGGGAACGUCCGAAUCCGGGAUAUAACAACAUCCUAUAUAUUGAACCAAUCCCUGGGGCUGAAUUUACAGCUUUUGAAGCAUCAUGUUUGGUUUGGGUCUGUCGUCGGCAGCUAUCCACCAACCAUCAAAAGAGGAGCAACUAAUGGGAUAACCAGCCGCAGCGACCCUCCAGGCGAUGCUACUGGUUCCAAGAUUGCCGUCGUUUACGCUGGCAGUAAUGAGGAUGAUGGACCUAACAAUUGUGCAUGGCUCUUGGCGUGGUAUGCACCUGCGGAUGGCAUCACCACAAAAAAGGUAUAUGUAGAAGCCGGGGACAUAAGCAAGUACGCGGAUGAAAUCGAGUGGGAUGAAAUUGAAUCAAAACUGGAUGCUUCUUCCAACCAAAGUUAUUAUAUGGAUGAUGAUACUGGAAGCGAGGCAUCUGCUGGAAUUGAAGAGGGCUAUAAAACAAAAAUAAGUGCAGUGUUUGACGUAGCGAACAAAAAAUAAGCAAGAUGCAAACCACGAAGCCAUAUUACUAGCAUGCAUCCUUUUUUAAGUAGUAUAUGAAUAAACAACAUGGUUGAGAAGAGUAAAAUACUUCUUGAACUAAGUUUCAAGCUCGUACCCUGAUGUCAGAGUUGUGUACUAAUGGUAAUGUAAAACAUAUUUCGACAUAGUAAUAGAUUACUUUUGGACAUGCAUGACUGUUUUAUCACCUUCUUGUUAAUUGUUCCAUACUCUUCUAGGUGUAGAGCACCCAAAAUAUUUGUCAUUUCAUCCCCAAGCUUA